AUGCAUCAAAGAGAAUGCGAAUGCACAGGCGGUACCUUUACAGGUAUCUACGAUCCACCCGAUCCCAACUGGACUCGCACUGGCAAAAUUCAUGAAUAUCUCAGACAAAAACACAAAGUCCGCCUUAAGAUCAAGAGUUGGCAAAACGUUCCUCACGCAGAUUUCAGCAAGGUGCUCGUGCUUUACGUUCAAUCCUGGAAAAAGUUUUGUUGGGCGCGAAAUUUCAAAUCCCCUUCAGUGAAGUGUACGUGUAACACGGGAUGCAAUAUUAGGAUGCAGGGGUUGGAAUACACAAGAAAGCUAGUAGGAAAAAAAAAACAACAAAAGAGGGAAACGAUCUCGAAGCAACAUGUUUUGAUUUUGUAA